AUGGAAAGUCUCAAUCUCUGUGAGUUCUUCUCUAAAGUUGGAUCUUGUCGUCAUGGAAAUAUUUGCGAGAAAGUUCAUAUCACCCCUCAUUCAAGCGUAACCAUUUUAUUGCCACAUGUUUGGCCAGCACAACAAGUAAUCACACCUCAAGACCAAGAACAAUAUGAACACUUUUUUUUUGACCUAUACACUCUCUGUUCAGGGUUUGGCAAGGUUGUUGAUAUGAUUGUUUCAGAGAAUCAAGCCUCUCAUCUUAAAGGAAAUGUUUUAGUUAAAUUUGCUACUGAAGCUAUGGCUGAAGAAGCAAUAAAACAUCUUCAAGGUCAGUUGUUUGGUUCGGUAGUAUUAAACCCAAGUUAUGUUGGAAUUAUUGACUUAAAAGAGUCAAGAUGUAAACAACAUGAUAUGGGUGUUUGUCCUAAACACAGUGGAUGUAAUUAUCUUCAUGUUUUACCAAUUCCCAAUCAAUUUGCUUCACUUGAAAGUUAUGGAUAUCCAUCUACUUUAGUUAAAAGAGAAAAACGUCUUUCUUGGGAAAUGCCUCAAUCACAACAAGAAAAAAAUGAUGAAAAACCUCGCCGAAGAGGCAGAAAUAGAGAAAGAAGAAGAAGAGACAAUGCCAGAGAAUAUAAUCAAGAAAGGACGCCUAUUGACUUAGAGUUUCAAAGAAUGGAUUAUCAAGAACAAUGUUCAUUAAUUGGAACUUAUCCACCACCUAAUGUUCCAACAUACACAGAUAUUUAUAAAAUGCCAUAA